AUGAAAAAAUCCACGCCAUUACGAAAAACGGCCAUUACCAAGAAGGACAUCGAGGAGGCGCUCCAAUUGCGCAAGAGACCGGUGGCCGGUGGCAAGGGGAUUAUUCCGCUGUGCGAGGAGGUAGCCAAGGAGGGCAUCUCCGUACGGUUUCACGAGGAGCUGCACGACCAGAUCGUUUGGGAAGAUGUUGACAAAUUUCAGCACACCAAUGUGCACAAACAGGUGACAAUUUCCUUCCGAAUCUCCCGGUACCGAUCUAUAGAGGUCGAUCGCUCCGUUAUGGUCAACAUCCAACUAAGGACGCCAUCCGAUGGUGCCAAGAGUGAGCCACCUCCAACAACUCUGAUACAGGUUGACUGAAACGUGAAAAAUAAAGAAG